GUUCUAGAACUCCCUAACCGAAGUUGUGUGACUUUUGCACUUACCAAAAAUGAAGUACUUCAUCUGUCUGGUGGCUUUGGUGGCGGCCGUGAGCUGUGCUCCAAUGCAGGAAGGUGAAAGCCGUGUCACUCGUCAGCUCCACGGCGGCGGAUUCGGUGCCUCCGGUUCGGCAGCAAAUGCUGGAGCACAGUCAUUCAAUCAGGGAGGUGGCUUCGGACACGGAGGCUUCCCCGGGCACGGUGGUGGCUUCGGAGGAUUCUCUGGUUCGGCAGCCUCGGCCGGUAGCCAAUCUUUCACCCAGGGAGGCGGUGGUCACGGUGGAUUCGGUGGAUUAUCUGGUUCGGCAGCCUCGGCCGGUAGCCAGUCGUUCACCCAGGGCGGCGGAUUCCCAGGUGGCUUCGGUGGUGGUCUCUCCGGAUCAGCCGCCAAUGCCGGCUCUCAGUCCUUCGGAGGAUAAGCAGUCCACCGCCUAACGGCGCCAGUGACUGCGAGGAUGAACGAGUAUUAACUUCUGUCGAAUGAAGCUCUUUCGACGCUCCCAUCAAAUGGCCACACGCUAAGGAUUACGUUACGAUCACGCCAGCAAACCAGUUUAAGGUGCAAUGGAAAAUAAAUGCACAGGAGCAGUGGAAAAUAA